AGCAUCAAGCACGAUAUCAUCAAAUGAUAACAAGUUGAUUUCAUAAAAAAUUCCAGAUGGCAUCAUAUGCUUGAAAUGACAUUGUCAUAUGAAAAAAUAAAAGAAACAGCUGUUGUAAUGUUGCUACAGAUAAGUAAAUUGUAAAUAUGUCAUGAUUGAAAAUUUUUGGAAUUAUUGUAACAAUAGUAAUUAAAAAAAUAUUCGAUGGAGGCAAAGCUUGCGGCGUACAGAUUACAAAAACGUCGUCAAGCAAUGGUUGAGAAUGCUAAAAAAACUUUUCAUCAAACUCUCACAUCCUGGGAAGACAAAUCUCGUGCUUAUUUAACACGUCGUGAGGACAAGGAUGAAAUUGAGAGUGUUACCUCUGAGGAGAGUAUUGACAUUUCACCUCGACAAAAUCCUGUUAUGACACGAUUACUUUAUCUUCUGUAUUUUUUACUAUGGGCAACAUUGUAUAUGGUGGCAAUACAAUUUGAAUUUGGUGCAGUCUACUUUAUUCUGUCAGCGUUAUUUUUUAUAUGGAAAAACACACGAUCAGGACCAAAGAAAAAGGGUGAAAUUAGCGCUUAUUCUGUAUUUAAUCCAAACUGUGAAGCAAUUCAAGGUACUAUCAAUAUGGAACAAUUGGAGAGAGAAAUGGGCUUUG